AUUUUAACCAAUCACAGCCUAGUGCUGGAGUCUGCAGUAUGAAGGGGAAUUAAAGGAAGCAAGUUCCCUUUGUGUAACUGCAGAUGAUAAUUUCUGGAGCGCCAGUCAGCGCCACACACUGAUGCGCCAGAUAGUAGCUUUUUAUCCCAUUUCGCAGUUUUGAUAUGGUAGCGAAUGCUGCUGAAAUGUCAGUUCAUCCACGAUUUUGCUCCUCAUAUGCAAGGAAAGAACCGUGGCUUCUGGUCUAUAUUGAAUACUAAAUGCUAAAUCGAUUGGGAAAAACUCGAUAUUCAUCUUAAUUUAGGCUACUCGAAAUAACCCGGACGGGUAGCUAGUUCCUUUUGAUCAAGAUACAGUUUGUAGCUACUGCUUCCAUGUACGUUCUAUCGUUUUACCCACCUCCACAUAAAAUGUACGUUUUCGACACUCGUCGAUUUUCAGUGUUUGAUUUGUCUGGUCUUUAUCCGCGUGUGGGACCGGAAGCUGUUUGGAGUUCGAGUUAAACGCUACCGGAGAUGCUCUCGUCGCCAGAGAAAACAAGCGGAGAGCAAGAGACAUAAAUCCGACAAUCGGGGCCCAUCGCCUGUCGCGACAGGGUGAAAGAGAGUGGAUGGAGGAACUUAUAGUGGGCGUACCCAACCUUACCCUCGUAUAAAUAACAGGGAAGAAGUUGUGCAUGAUGUCUGACAGAUGAGUAGAGGUGCACUUAAGUGAAAGGCAAAAAAGACUGAAAGGCAGGGAGACAAUAACAGAAAAAGAAGAACAUCAAAGAGACAAAGGAAGAAACCGAGGGGGCGUGUAGAAGUCAGCGGAUGUCAGGAUGGAUGCUGACGACUGCAAUGGCCGUUCCUAUGUGUCAGGCAGUGGAGACUCAUCGAUGGAGAGGGAGUUCACUGGAGGCUUGGGGGCGCCCAGCGUGAGCACUCCCAACAGCCGGCACACCUCACCCAGCCGAUCCCUCAGUGCGAACUCCAUCAAGGUGGAGCUGUACAGCGACGAGGAGCCGGGCCGCGGGGCGGGGCCGGAGGAGCGGGGCGCGGAUGAGAGGGACGAGGGGUGGAAGGACGAGAGGGGGGACAGGGCGGAGGAGGGCAGCCCCGAGCUGGGGGGCGGGGGCGGGGGCUACGGGGAGCUGGCCAGCCCCGAGCCCGUCUCGCCGGGCGCCAUCCGCCUGCCCAACGGGAAGCUGAAGUGCGACGUGUGCGGCAUGAUCUGCAUCGGGCCCAACGUGCUGAUGGUGCACAAGCGCAGCCACACAGGUGAGAGGCCGUUCCAGUGUAACCAGUGUGGAGCCUCCUUCACCCAGAAGGGCAACCUGUUGCGUCACAUCAAGCUGCACUCUGGGGAGAAGCCCUUCAAGUGCCCCUUCUGCAACUAUGCCUGCCGACGCAGGGACGCCCUGACGGGCCACCUCCGCACUCACUCUGUGUCCUCCCCCACCGUAGGGAAGCCGUACAAAUGCAGCUACUGCGGCCGCAGCUACAAGCAGCAGAGCACACUGGAGGAGCACAGGGAGCGCUGCCACAGCUACCUGCAGAGCCUGGAUCCCCAGCCCACACACAGCACCCACACACAGGGCGAGGACCUGCGGGAUGUGGACUUCAUGCCGGACUCCGUUCUCCAGCCUUCCGCCGACAAGAUGACCUUCAUUGACCGGCUGGCCAACAGCAUCACCAAGCGCAAGAGGUCCACGCCCCAGAAAUUUGUAGGAGAGAAGCACAUGCGGCUGAGCCUCGUCAACGCACCUUAUGAACUGAGCGCCGGGUUCGACAAGGAGGGGGACGUGAUGGGCUCGCAGCACGGGGCGGCCAACCUGCCCAACUUUUCCGGCGUCGGCGGGCCGUUCCUGGGAGCGCCAGGCGGGGUAGGGGGCGGGGCCCCAGACCCUGUCCGGCCCCUCAGGCUCCCACCACCUCAUCCGACCUGCCUGUCGGAGCUCACGCCCGUCAUAAGCUCCGUCUACACCCAGCUGGCCCCCCUGGGCCCGCGGAUGGACUGCACGGGGGGCGGGGGAGGAGGAGGAGGAGUGGGCGGGGCCCUGAGUCUGGGUGGGCGGGAGGCGGGGGAGGGUCACGAGGACCUUCCCCCCGGCCGCAGUCACGCCCCCUCCCCCAGCAACGGCUGCCAGGACUCCACGGACACGGAGAGCACGGCAGAGGACCAGUACCCCUCCGCCCCCCCGCCGCCCGCCGUCAACUCCAACCACCACGCCCCCCCGCCCCCGCCCCGCGCCCGGGACAGGCACAGCCCCGGUCACGCCAAAGAGAGGGACGGCGAGCGCGAACGGGAGGAGGGCGGUCCGUCGCUCCCCCCGCAUCCCCCGCCCCCCGGCCCCGCCUCUCCCGCCCCGCGGGACGCCCUGAGGGUGGUGGACGGCGAGGGGCGGCCCGUGCGCUCCUUCCGCUGCGAGCACUGCCGGGUGCUCUUCCUGGACCACGUCAUGUUCACCAUCCACAUGGGCUGCCACGGCUUCCGCCAGCCGCUGGAGUGCAACAUCUGCGGCCACCGCAGCCAGGACCGCUACGAGUUCUCCUCCCACAUCGUCCGCGGCGAGCACAAGGUGGGCUGAGGAGGGCCAGCGAGGCCCGGGGCGGGGCAGAGGUUGGGGAGGGGGGGAGGGGAAACGCGCGGGUAACGGUUUCGCGAGGCGUCGUUUUGUCCUUUUUCGAGACGAGGUCCAGGUGGGUUUGGUCUGCACCAGAGUAGGAGGUUCCCCCGUUGAAAGGGUGGGAGCCUGUAGACGUGAGGCCUUUUUGGCGGACACCUUGUGCCGUUUACGCAUGGAAAUGCACGAGACGGGUGUCGCAUGGCGGUCGACGCGCUCCCUUUCACGGGAAAAGGGGGAGGGCCAAACCACGCACUUUGAUUGCACUCUCAAACUGACUCAUUUCUUUCGCAAAGCGCAGUCAUUUCGCCUCAGAAGUGCCUUCCUGAAGUGUGGUUUGCCCUUUCUCUCUUAAAGUGGGCUCAAACCUGUUGCACAGAUGACUGAGGUCCAGAUUAACUCCUGCUGGAAGGGGGUUCAGAAGGGAAGGAAUCAGGGGUGCGUAGUGCACUAGGGCUUAUGGAUUAAGGUUUCCUUGUCUUGUACUCAAGUUAAGGAACCGUAAUGAAUGGUGCCACUCUGCUUUCUUUCCAGACAGACGUAACAUUCAAAGCGACACAGCUGUGGUGCACUCAGCCAAUCCCAUGCUAGCAGCCUCACUUACCUCACAGUGAGUAGCCUUAAUUACGCAAGUCAGUCACGUACCACCUGAUAAUAUGCACCUGUGUGGUAGUCGCGUCGUGUGGAAACUGGUGUAGUGGUACCGGCGUUAGGAUAAGAGGGUCCGAAUCAUUUGCCAUCACCAUCCGUUCUUGAAGCAGCUUUAUUGAAGUUAAACGGAGUAACUGAUCCCAGGUCAGUGGAAGAGAGCAGCAGUGAGAGUUAUAACCACAUAUCUGCCAGUGCGGCUGGGUGAAGAUUCAUCUGGGUCAAGCACGGGCCUUUUGGUUCAUUUUAUUUAUUGCCCUUAAAAUGUGAUGGAAUUACUUUGCUUUAUGUAUAUAUCGUUUAGAUGAUAGCAGGAAUGUAAUUAGUUGCUUGUUUUUAUGCUCCUAUACUCACAUUAUGCAUAGUUUAUGAUUUUGUUUACACAAUUGUAGACUCCCCCUCAUUACUUAAUGAAGCAUUUUAGAGGAUUUUAGAAUUUCAAAGAUAAUAAGGCCAUUUGUUUUUUUGUUUUUGUUUGUUUUGUUUUUUUUGGGGGGGGGGGUUCUUUAAGUAAAUGUAACUAUAUAUUUAGAUGGAGAGAGGGAGAACCCACACGUGUUGCCUUAUUAGAUGCCCCAGAAAUUGCAGUGAGAUUUGAAGUGAUGCCAAUUACCAUACAUCUCGUUUAGCUUCUCAUUUAGCUUGAUGUACUGUUGAAAUAUUUCAUCUGUAGGUUUACUUUAUGCAAAGUUCAUUAGUUGUCCAACCCACUACGCAGGAAAAAAGACAAAACAAGAAAAAAGCUAGAAAAUCAAGAUGCUUCAGGGCGUAGCUGUUGAACUCUGCAUAAACCCACAAACUUUAGCAUUAGCAUGACAGAGGCUAACGGUGUCAUCGUUUGAAUUAUGAACUCCAGUGUGGACGCUAACGAGGAGUAGAGUGAAUUUAUUUUGACAUGUUUCUAUUUCUGGUGCAGAUCAAACAGACAAUGUUUUUUGAGGGAUUUUUGUGGGUUACCUCUUCGGAGGAUUGCACUUUCCAACUUUGUAUGUGUGUAUGUGUUUUGCAGAGGACGCGGACUGUAUGAUUACAAUGAGCUGAAAGGCUUUUUGGGCUGUGUGUGUGCAGACCGGGCAGGUGGUGGGCAUCGCGUUCGGUGAGCGUGUUUUACUUUCCCCCCCAUCCGCUCCUGUUGCACUGGUAUGAGACGGGAUUCCAUUUUUGCAAAUGUAAAUCGAAUCUUUAGCGAAGUAUCCCAAAAUAUCGGUUGGCUUCCCGGCUCUCCAAAAUGAAGAGACUCGCCAUCCUCACCAUCUCCGGCUAGUUCAUUUGCAUGGCGCUCCGCUGUUAUGGCGUUUUGGCCUUUUAAUCUAUACCAUUUGGAAUAGAGGAAUUGCUCAAAGUUGGAGUCCAUGGCGGGAGAAUUCUCGCGGUCUCUUAACGGGUAGGACGUCUCUUGGCGAAUCAACAGAAACGUUUGAAUGCACAACGUGUAACUAUAUAGAAUUGGCUAUUUGAUUUCUUUUCGUGUAUUUCUGUUGUGGGGAAAUGUGGCAUGCCGUUUAUUUUUUAAUGCAUAUUUUAGAAGAGAAGACAAAGUCAUACAGUGGGGAAAAAGACAAAGACAAAUCUAAAGCACUAAAGGGUCACUUUAAAUACAUGUCAAAGAUUAUUUAGAGGUACAGUAAUGGUUUGUUAUCAGCUGCUAGUGUGAGUUGCGGACGAAUGAGUGUGGGUCUCUGAGCGGGUUGGCCUUUAUGAAGCGGUCACCUACUUGCCAAAAGUGCUCCUGAGGAUACUGAUAUCCUUGGCUGUAAGAAAGACUGUUUACUUGAUGUUGUAACUUGGAAUGUUCCUCUUGUUCGCUUAAUCUAAACCAUCAAAUCUUUGCUGUGGUCCUGGACUAGUUGUAAGUUUUAGCGCACAAAUAGAUGAAAGCGUUAAGAGAGAAGUUGUAUGGAGGGCUGUGGACACAGACGCCCGUGACAUCGAACAUUUUCAGUAUUCCAGUGGAUUGGGUCAAAUUGGAGGAACGAUAACAGGAAAAAGCAAAUUACCAUAAAUCUAACGAAGUAAUUAAAUACAAACAGCAAAGUUGUUCUUUAAAUGGAUUGUUCAAUGAUAAUGUAUAAAUAUCACUAUAUAUGCACUUAGAUUGAUGGAGAGAUAAAGGUUUGUUAAAAUUAUAUAUUGAGAGAGUUUGUGUGUGUGUUUUGUCAGAUUGUUUGAUGUGUAGAGGGAUUUGGAUCUGAUGAGUUAUUUAACGUGACCAGGCCUUAAUGAUGGGGCGGAGCUUAGCAAUCAUUAGGUGGCUGGGGGGCGUUGGCUCGUUUUGGCAGCAAAUGUCCGCUGUUCUCUUUUCCCCAGUCAGUCCAUUUGUAUUUCUCUAUGCUGGGAGCGGUUAUUGAAAUCCCUUUCAUGUUAAAAAAAAAAAACACAUCUUACAGUGUGUGAACUGUGAAUUCAAUCCCCCAAAAUUUGAGCAGUCUUAAAUACCCAGUGAAUUUAUCUGGGAAUUUUAGUUCUAUGUCUUUAAUAUUUUGUGAGAAAGAAAGAAAGAAAAAAACAACAAAGAACCUCUUUACCUCAAAUGAUAAAUGCCUCAUGUUUUCUGAAGAAAAAAGAUGUGGAUUUCAGCUUUCUGUUCAUUUUGCCUUUAGUUUGUAGGUGUGGAGGAGUUAUGAGACGGCCAGAGAUUAACUGUAACAUAGUUUUGCAUUUGUAUUUCUUUUUCUAUGUCUAACGAAUUAUUUCAAUAAAUUAAUGAAUAAAGUAAAGUUGGUUUUAAAAUGACGGAAACAACAGUUUCAUAGCUUCUCAAUUCUCCUAAGGCAAUCGAUGUGAUUUAAAGGAGUAUCGUAACGUGUACCAUCUUCUAAUUGCGUGUGAUCAUUACGACGUUUGCUUUAAAAGUGGUCAAAUUAAGAUGAAGGUUGAAUCCCUGUAUAUUUUAACUGUGAAAAGGCGAACCUAAAACUAUGAAUGGUAUGCAAGAGCGAGCGGCUUAGUGGCACUGAUGUAGUGCGAUAACUACUUGUGAGAAACAUUUCAUUUAAACCCAAAAGGGCUUAUUCUAAAUUCUAGCAUCACCGAGACAGAGACGAAUUCAGUGAUUUUGUUUGGUACUGCUGGUGCUGUUAACGCUUUCAUCUUUGGCGCGGUGCAUGUGCGCCGUUGUAACCUCGCUGCUGUAAAACGGCUAACGUAAAAUCUCUACAAAACUACAAUUACAGUCAUCGAUCAGACGCACGCUGCAGGUUUAACAGGUAGAUUACACAGUCGCUGUUGACGUGAUGUAGGCUAUGAAUACGGAAGGAUGACACCUCAAGAAUGACAUGUGGAUGGCUUUUGCACGUCCACAGUUCUGAAGUGCUUGGUGACUUCGGUCAGUAUUCUGCCUUUAUCCACAUUUUCCUGUAGUAUUCCUCAACGUCGAGGGUUCAUGCAGUUCCGUUGCUUAAAUAUUUCCUGUGAAUAUUUCCGUUGAUGACGAUGGGAAAUAACGAGGAAACAACUAUCUGUCUAAACCAAAUGGCACGUUAAGUAAAUGCGCAUGACUGCCAAAGAAUUGAUGACUGUCCUUGUAGCGGGGUUGACCUGGGGCGCGUGGUUGACAUCUAAAUUCACCCGUCUGCCGAAAGCAGAGCCCCACCGCCCAACAACUCCUUUACGUGGUUUCUCUCUUCUACCUCCACGGAAACCUGCCAUUCGGAAGCCUGAUUUGGUCGCUGAUUUGAAUUGGCGCGGAUUAGUGUUCCACUUGAGGAUCUGAACAGACUGGAUGGAGAGGAAUCGCGCGCGAUGUGAACGUGAAUCCAACUGCUAACCUCCACGUCCGUCCAAAGAAUUCCAAGGGUUUGUUUAAUUUUGUGGUCUUUCUGUGGCGGUUGCAUUGGUCUACGCACUGAAGCCCGCAUUAAAUCAUCGUUUCCAUUGGAUACAACAAACCUCCUUGAUACAAUUAACCUGCUACCACCAACUAUGUAUUUCUACAAUGGAGAUCAAACUCAUAAUGUUUUAUGUAAUGUUUUGUUUUAUACUUGCCUACCUGCUUUUGUUGAACACCAGACUAUGGGAUGACUUGCACCUGAACAAUCAUUUAAGCUUUAAAAUUUCUUAAGCUUUUCCCUCCCCUUUCAAAAAAAGAAAGUCAACACUGAUGUAUGCUAAGUCUGCACUGUUGUCACUUAUAGGUCAAAUCUGUUCUGCAAGGGCUUCUCACUUUUGUGAUCUGUGAGCUAUCCUCCUGUUAAGAAUUGGAUGUGUUGUGUUUCAGAAUAACAAAUGUAAAACAAUGUUCAUUUGUGAAUCCAUGUUCACUUUCAAGCUCAGCAACCAAAAUGACUGUGACAGGAAGAAAGAAAGACAUUGCUUUUGGGAUUAGAUCUAAUUAUUGAGCUACAAGGUCCUGCUCAGAGCAGUAGCACCCUUGUUAGUGCAAUGCAAUUUCGCUUGUAUACGUUUAAGUAUGAGUUUUAGGAAGGUAGAGGUGUAUUACAAAUUUCAAUUCAAAAAUUCAAGAUGCUUUUUUUUAGACAGGGUGGUCCAAAUUCACAAGUACUGAAUUAAUGGCUUGUUUUACUGAUAUUUUUUCAAACAUCGUAACCCGAAUAUAUACUUGGAAAAACAGUUCAAGACAUUGCAACUAUUUUUUUAACAAUGAAGCGCAACGGUGUACGAGUUCCUUAAUUUGUAAGGCUUCUUAAGAUGUAGUGUCAAGACUGUAGGUUCCCACAGAUUCAGUGACUAAUGUAUGAACCCUAGAGUUUACAGUUAGGGCCUGCUUCAUGUCUUUCUGACAUAGUGACAGGAGUGAGGGCACUGCAUAAGAACGCCAGUGAUCAUCCACUGUCUUCCAGUGUUGUGCAACACUGGAUGACAAUAAUGAAGAAUAUUUAUUAGCUGUGUUGCAUGUGAUUAUGGGAUAGGUUGCAAUGGACUCCCCCCCCCCCCCCAUCCUUUUUUUAGCAUUUGUACAGUAGCUUUUAAAUCGAAAGCAUACUUUGUACUCCUUUUCAGACCACCCGUGUACAAAAGAUACCCUUUUAUUUUGUUACUGAUGUAUAAAAUUCCAAAGUGCAAUAUGUCCUCAAUUUUUUUCCAUGUGUUAUUUUGUUCUCUAUCUCUGUGAAUGUUUGUUUUAUAAACCUUUCUUGGAUUUAUCUGUUCUGGAUUGCUAUGUGCAUUUGUGUUAUUACCAUUCUUUAACCUCUUUUUCUCCCUUUCUGUGAAUGGUGUGGAUCGCUUUAAAUAAAUAAAAAAAUCAAAGAAUUUAAAAAAUAAGACUACUACUGCAGAGCCUUUGUAUAUGUAACAUACUGUAAUUAUAUAUUUGUGUAAUGGACAAACUACUGUAAGUUUUGUACUGUAUUGGCAGAAGGUCUAUUCCAAAUAAAAAUGAGAACUUUA